AUGUCCGUCUUCUCCUCCAUGCGCUACUGUCUCGGUGACCCCUCCGAUUACAGUGCUAUUUGGGCCGCCCUCGGAUUCAUGCCAUUCGGUCUGUUCUUCGACUUCAUGGAUGGCAAGAUUGCUCGGUGGCGCAAGAAGUCCUCGUUGAUGGGACAGGAGCUUGACUCGCUUGCGGAUCUGGUACGAGUCCUCCAUAUGCAAUUUCCCUUCGGUCUUUCUCCUGCCGCCGCCGCAUUUGCCAUUGGUAUUCGCACCUCGCUUGACCACUUCUUCCUGGCCUUCUUCGUCCUCUGCGGCCUGACCCGUUUGGCUCGUUUCAACGUUACAGUGGCUGUUCUGCCCAAGGACAAGACUGGAAAGUCGAAAUACUUUGAAGGCACCCCUAUCCCCACAACUCUGUCUAUUGCAUCUCUUAUGGCUUACUGGGUGUCCCAAGGCUGGACUCAUGAGAACAUUCCCUUUGGUGUCAUUGGCGAGAGUACCAUUUUCGAGUUCCACCCCGUUGUCCUUCUGUUCGUCUUGCACGGAUGUUUUAUGGUCAGCAAGACGAUACAUAUUCCCAAGCCUUAA